GUGCUUGGGACAGAAGAAGCGAGUAACUCGUGCGCAUGCGUCCCACUAUAGGAGUGGAGUCGUGGUUCGUUCAGUUAGCAUUUACAGCUAGCGGAUUGGUCUGGUUGGGGAAUAGUGUGGAGGACGGCGUCCUGCGCACUUUAGGAAGAAAGAUAUCGGAGACUUUGGAUAUCCCCAGCUAAUCCUGAGCCAACCAUUAUCCCCCAUGCUGUCCAAGAAGGGAAGAUAACGUUAAUAGCCCUUCACUGCCACCUCAUUUAGCCACCGCCAAAGACAAGAUAGAGGAACAAGCGACUCACAUCAUUAGAGGCUUUCUUUUCAGCACUCAUUAGCAAAUACUAAGACUACAGCAGAAGCCUUGACUACAGAAGAAACAUGAAGCUUCCGAGUAACAGACAUUGUGCGGCUGAAGGAGAUGGAAAGAAAAUGGAUCAAGCUCCCCCAAUCAGAAACCCAUUUGUGCACGUCCUGAAAUUCACCACUCUUGAAAAAACAAAGAUUGCACUGAUGACAGUCACACUAUUCCCCAUCCGGCUUUUCAUGGCUGCGUUCAUGAUGUUACUGGCUUGGCCUUUUGCCUUUCUCGCCACAAUAGGUCGCUCAGAGACCACUGUUGAGCCGCAGUGCCUCUGGAGAAGACUGGUGGACAUCAUUCUGAGACUCAUCAUGCGGGCCAUGUGGUUUGCAGGAGGUUUCCAUUGGAUGACCAUAAAAGGGCAAAGGGCAUUACCUACAGAAGCACCCAUCCUCACCUUGGCGCCCCAUUCAUCCUACUUCGAUGCCAUCCCAGUCACAAUGACGAUGUCCUCUAUCGUCAUGAAGGCAGAAAGCAAGGAUAUACCUCUCUGGGGCACUCUGAUCAAGUACAUCCGGCCGGUGUUCGUGUCUCGAUCGGACCAGAACUCAAGAAAGAAAACCGUGGAGGAGAUCAAACGAAGAGCUCACGCUCGAGGGGAAUGGCCUCAAAUCAUGAUUUUUCCAGAGGGGACAUGUACUAACAGAUCCUGCCUCAUAACCUUUAAGCCAGGAGCCUUCAUCCCAGCUGUUCCAGUGCAGCCGGUUGUAAUUCGUUACCCUAACAAACUGGAUACAAUUACAUGGACGUGGCAAGGACCAGGAGCGUUUGCAAUCUUGUGGCUGACACUCUGCCAGUUACACAACGAGUUUGUGGUUGAAUUCCUCCCCAUUUACACCCCGUCAGAGGAGGAGAAAAAGAACCCCGCUCUUUUCGCCGUCAAUGUCAGACGAGUCAUGGCGAAAGCCCUCGGGGUUCCCAUCACAGAUUAUUCAUUUGAGGACUGCCAGCUGGCCAUGGCAGAGGGGCAGCUGAAACUGCCGGUUGAAACCUGUCUGUUGGAGUUUGCACGGCUCGUCAGGAGACUGGGGCUAAAGCCCGGCAACAGUGAGAAGGUCCUGCAGGACUACGGGAACCGAGCCAGGAAGCUGGAGGGACAGAAGCUGGACCUCCAGGGUUUUGCUCACUUCCUGGAUGUUCCAGUCUCAGACAUGCUGCGAGAUAUGUUUUCUCUUUUUGAUGAGGACGAAGAUAACAGCAUGGACAUUAGAGAAUAUGUGAUAGCCUUAUCUGUAGUUUGCAGACCUACCAAAACUCUGGAAACGAUGAAAUUGGCCUUCAAGAUGUUUGAGGCAGAGGAAGACAGUGCCAUCACAGAGGCAGAACUGGCAGUCAUGCUAAAGACGGCUUUAGGAGUGACUCAUCUGGAUGUGUCACACCUCUUCACUGCCAUCGACAUUGCUGACACAGGGAAGAUAACUUUUGACAAGUUCAGAUGCUUUGUGGAGGAGAACCCCGACUUUGCGGAGGACUAUUUAUAUGCAGACAAUGCGGAGCUUCAGAGUCGACCCUGCCACGGUCACCAAAAACAACCCAGCCUGUCCACCCUGGACUUACAAGCCACUGCCACCAGCAAAACCGCCAACGGCAUCUGUCCCGACUUCAGCCCCAGAGACCACGACGGCACGAAAGACGCCCUCCUGAAGAAACACGACUGAGAGGCUUAGACGUGUAGGAGCGAACACACCCCUCUCCUGGUGAGAGGAGGCUUUCUGAGGGAGCACAAAUUAAUCACAGUAGUAUUUUUGCUUCAAAGCGAGGGAAAAUAAUUUUAUUGUUCACAGCCACAAAAGAGAAAAGUUUUGUUUUGUAGCUGUUAAAUCUAACGGGAUUUUCAGUUCAUCUCCCCCUCUCAUAGGAAGAGUCAUUAGAAUGUCAAUCAAUCCCUUUUUUUUGGAUUUAUACUUGAAGGGCCGACACUUUUUAGGAUCCACUGGCCGGGCGUUUGAUUGGUUUCCUUGUAACAUACUAGAAACUGUGCAUUUUUUUUUUUUUUUUUGUUUUCUUUCACACAAGGGAAGCAACAAUAGAACAAUCUCUGUUCUGUACGCUGGACGAAACUUUAAACCGCUUUGAUUCUCUUUUAAACUUUCGUCCGAUUUUCCUCUUCUUUCUUGGUAGCUGCCUUUUCAAUCGGAGGUGCAGAAUGAUUCGGCUUCUUUUCAAAGGGGGGGAGGUAAAGAAGGAAGACCUGGGGGUACCAGUGACGGUUCUGAUGCGUGUAGCUUCAGUCAUAACUUUGAGGUUAACUCAGGUCUGUGAGUUUGGUUAAAACUGACAUGAGCCGGUGUGUGUGAGUGAGUGUGUGUGAGAGUGUGUGUGUGAUGGGUUUGUAUUUGAACAGUAAUUUUUGAUUUAGCUCAGGGUUUAAUGUAAAUAUCUACUCCUAUAAUAUGAUGUCAUUAUUUGCAUGUAAACCCUUUUUUUACGAGUUCCCGUGUGCAUCUCUCUCAUUCACUUUGUUUGAUAUUACUGUUGAUUUAAAUAUUUUUUUUAUUUUUCUUAAACUGCAGUUACACAAAGUGGACCAAAAAUACAUUGGAUCAUUCAAUUUU